GGGGCCUGGGUGCAUGUGAUGAGGGGAGUGUCCGCUCCCCGGAGUCCCGAGUCUCGCUGCUGCUACCGCCCUGUUUACAGUGACAGCGCUGCCCCCAGCAGUUCCUGCCCCCGGCGGGUGAUCGGCGCAGGGGAGGCGGCAGAGACAGGCGCCCCAGCCCGGGACCACACGCCAGGCGGCCUCGCUGGUUCCCCGAUCUUCUGAAGAAGAUGGUGGAUCGCCUAGCAAACAGUGAGGCUAAUGCAAGACGUAUAAAUGUAGUGGAAGGCUGCUUUGGUACCGCAGGCCAGCCUCUGGCUAUUGAAGGCCGGGUUCUGAUUGGGGAAGGUGUGCUAACAAAGCUUUGCAGAAAGAAACCCAAAGCAAGACAGUUUUUCCUGUUCAAUGACAUUCUGGUUUAUGGCAAUAUAGUUAUUCAAAAGAAGAAGUACAACAAGCAGCACAUAAUCCCGCUGGAAAAUGUUACAAUUGACUCGAUACCAGAUGAAGGCGAUCUGCGGAACGGUUGGCUCAUCAAAACGCCUACAAAGUCGUUUGCGGUUUAUGCAGCCACUGCCACCGAGAAAUCAGAAUGGAUGAACCACAUCAAUAAGUGUGUAUUCGAUUUAAUCUCAAAAAGUGGAAAGACGCCUAACAGCGAACACGCUGCAGUCUGGAUCCCGGAUUCUGAAGCUCACACUUGCAUGCGCUGUAAGAAAGUGAAGUUUACGCCUGUUAACCGAAGGCAUCACUGCCGUAAAUGCGGCUUCGUCAUCUGCGGACUUUGUUCUGAGAAGAAGUUCCUUCUGCCCAACCAGUCGUCUAAGGCCGUGCGGGUCUGUGACUUCUGCUAUGAGCAGCUGUCCAGCGGAGACUUGUCCUCCUGCCAGCCUGGCCGAUCAGACUCUCUCUGCAGCUCCCCCAAAUCAACAAAUCAUAUGUCCGAUGAUGAAGACGACGAUGACAGCAGCGACUGAGCUGAGAAAGAGAGCUGUUCCAAGGACGAUAGCUUUGGGGAGCAGGGAAAGAAAAUCAAUGGAGCUGCUUCAUUUGAAAUCAUUUACAGUUGUUACUGAUAGUGUGUAACCUCAGAUUAAUGAUUCACCUUUGGCCUGAGAAUAUAUUACUACAUGUGCCUUGAUAUAACAAUCAUUUUUGGUUCUUUCAGGGAUAAACUUUUAUAAGCCUUUUUAUAAUCUGUUUCCGCUUGUACUGAGCAGCGUUGCUAAUAGAUUUUUAUAGAUGAUGGAAAUCUUUAUGAACAUGCUUUGUUUUGUUUUUUCCUGAAAUUGCAAAUGAUAUUUUAUAGAAAUUAGGAGCAGACGGAGGGGACGCGUCUGAUCUGCUGCGGGUUGUGCCUUGUUGCUAUGAUUGGCAAAAAUAAUUUUUAUAUCUGACAUGACGUUGAUAGCACUUGGUCAGACACUAUAAGAAUAAAGUAUUCAAUGUAGAACUGAAAGUUUGUCAACACGAUUUAUUGCCUACAUUAAGAUCACAACUGAGCUUUAUAUUUUAUAAUGUCUGAACCAUUGGCAAAAUACUAGGCUCCCUAGUGUCCUGCAGACAGCUUGCCACUAGUUAACUUGUGUGAGAUGUUUUCUCUACUGUCUAAGCACAUUCUUUAGGGUGCAAGCAGUAUGCUUCAUGACCUCUCGCAUUCUUUUUUUUUUUUUUCCCUACUAAAGGAGGCCCAGUACUGCGUGUCGGUGGGUGUUUCGUUUUCUCUCUCUGUUUAAAUGGCAGCAGGAUGUUUUGUGAACAUUCCUCGUCUACUGGGUUAUGUGAUAUGCAUUAGAUACAUAUAGGUGAAUCAAUACAAGAAAGUGUAUUCAUAAAAACAAUUGUGGAUAUUGGGUUGCAGUAAAAUUGGAAUUUCAUAUCUAUUUGUGAAUAUAGUACAAUUGCUCUGCUCUGACAGGUCUUAGGACUUGUACCCUGAGGUGCACGUUAUAUUAGUGGAUUUUAACAAUGCACUAAAAUGGUUCUGCAAAUGGACACCCCCUGUUUCCAAUAAUCCCUUUACCUACUUCCAAUGUUACUCGGGAGCAAUGCAGAUUUAGAAAUGUGUGCAAAAUAACCACACGUCUAAUGUCUGAGUUUGUCAGGUGGUUUCACUAGGUGGAGUUAAACAUGUGUGAUUGAAUGCAAAUGCCAGAGGUUAUCCAGGGUUACACAGUAACUCCAUAUGAGGAGUGUUUUAUUCCACUUCUACAUCCGGGUCAGAUUGUAUCAUCUAAACAGUUUAUCUCUUUGCAUCCAGUAUCCUAUAUAUUGGACCUUAAUGCCCUCGAUUCAAAUUGUAUACAAUUUUUCCCUUAAAAUAUUCGUAACAAAUGUAAUACAUUGUCUGACUAAAUAUUUACAAAAUAUCAACAUAGGAAGCAAAUGAUGUCAGAAUAGAUUGUGAUGGCCACCACUAAAUGGCAAUGUUGACCGGGCUUCUUUGGCCACUAAAAUGCCCCUGCACAGCCAAUGUCGCACGACUUGUAAUUGUUGUAAAUGUAUGAAAGUUUAUUUUGAGGUGAUUGUGGUUUUCUUUUCUUAUUUUUUUUUUUUUGUUUCUUUUUUUUUUAUUGCUUUCUUUUUGAGUUUUUGGUUUAAUGUUGUUACUACCCUCACAUUUCCGAAGGUAUGUGCCCAGUAUUGCUAAUCAGUGGGCUAUACACCUACUGUUGCCCCAGUAGGUGUAUAUUGUAACACAUAAGGCAUAACACAGGAAAGAUCAAUAUGCAAUUUAUUCAUCCAUUCACAUAAUCCAAAGAAUACACGUCUUAUGCUCAGGCUUAUUGCCUGUGUGUUGCUUCCGAAAAUGGGUUUCUAUACGUUUUUUGUAAAUGUUCUUUCCGAUAUUCUAUUUAAGAGAUGGCGGAUUAAGUAUUUUAAUAAAUCUGUUUAUACUUCCGGUGUGAUCUAGUAACUUGAGAACUAUGCAAGCUGUAGCUGCCCGUAUGCUGGGGUAAGUGAUGGCUUUUACUCUCAGGUCUUAUGUUUUUAGAGUUGUUAAAACAGUAGACGAGUUUAUCUAUUCUACACAUCUUUGGACAUGCAGGGUUUUUCCCUUCCUUCUAUCACAUGCUCUUAUUUCCUUUAGUUACUAAAAUCUUGCUAACGGCCAAUUUUUAAGUUGUUAUGAAAGUGAAGUUAUAGGUUUUUCAAGCUUUUACAUUUUCCCCAUCCCAAGUGCUCUCUAAGGGGGUCAUCCUGAACGCUCGCGGAAGUUCUUCGCAGCGCAGUGUUCAGGUCAGAACUGCGCAUGUGCUGGCACCGCAGUGCGCCGGUGCAUGGCUGACAGCCGACGGCUGUCGUUGCCUAACGAUCGCCUCUGCCUGAUUGACAGGCUGGGCGGGAGAGGGCGGCACGGCGGCGUUUGGCCACCAUUUUCAGGGCACGGUCCGGUCAAAGCAGGCGUGGCCGGACCGCACGGUGGGCGGGCCGCAGCGGCUGCGUGACAUCACACGCAGCCGCUGCAAGCCGGGCAGCGACGAGUAGAUCCCUGUCAGCCGCUGUGUGAUGCUUAUGUACUUUGGGGGGGGGGGAGCCUGACAUGCGGAGCGGACUAGCUCUGUGCUGGGCGCCCCCCGCAUUUCAGGAAAGAUGAUUGUAGCUGUGCUAAAUUAAGCACAGCUACGAUCAGGUCGGAAUGACCCCCUAAUGACGCCGCUGAUGAGUACUUAGCAGAGAUUAAUAAAGCUGCAUUAGUUCAAAUGGAAGGAUUCAAAUCAACAGCACUGUAAUUUUAUUUUUUACGUUUUUUUUUUUUUUUUGGGGGGGGGUGACUUUCUUUGAGCAUCUGAAAAAGUGUUUAUGCAUAAGUGCUAGUCGUAACCUUCAUGCAUAGACCUUUUAUAUUGUGUGUGUGGGAUUUGUCUUGAUAUUUGAGUCUUUCAUCCCCCUUGGAAAGAACACUACAUCAUACAGUGCUCGUAUCAAAGAUGAGUUUCGUGAGAAUGUUAUGAACUUUUAAAUAUACAUCUUUGAACUCUGCAAGGUGUAAUAGUCUAUCAAUCUGAAUAUUGGGGUUGGAGUGGCCUUUCAGUAGUCUUAUGUAAGUGUAGAAACUGCUUUUGUUUUCCAUGGGACUUUAAAUACCCUGAUUCAUUUCAGCUCCGAUAGCUAUCUUUUGGCAAAGUCCUUUAAUACCCCUUUCACACCGCACAAAUAACCUGUGUCGGCGUGCGGUGUGAAAGCGCCAUAGCCGAAAUCCCGGGUCGUCUGACCCGCAAUUCAACCCGGGAAUAAAGCAGUGUUAUUUCCGGGUUGAUUACCGGGUCAGUGGCAGCGUAAAUGGGCUCGACCCAGGACCCGUUCACUACAACAGGGAGAGGCGGCGCAGAGAUGAUCUCAUCUCCCAGCGCCACCUCCGCCCCCGCCGCUAUGGCAACCCGCCCAGCAUAUUGCCAGGUCGGGGAAGCCAGCAGCAGCGUCCAAUGCUGGAUCCCAACAGGGAAGGACCCGUUUCCAAUUCCUGGGUGGGAUCCGGCAUUGGCGGUGUGAAAGGGGUAUUGCUUACAUUUACCGAUUACCCACGCCAAUCUGUGUUAUUAGUGUGUCAUAGAAAUAUUCGUCUGAAAUUGACUUUCUGGUAGUAAAAUUCCAUUAUUUGUUUUAGCAGAGUAAUGACAAGGAUGGGUCUUCUGUAUUUCACAUAUGAUAGAGACAUUUUUAUUUAUUUUCUUUUGCCCAAAAUACUAAAAUGUCCUUUAAUGGUCAGAAUUUUAAGCUCACAAACGUUGGUUUUUUGAAAGCAUAUCACAAAGAGGCUGGUCCACGAUUAGGAACAAUGUUUAGAUCCCAUGCUUCUUUCAUAUAAAACACUGAAGCGCUUCUGAGGAAGAUCCUAGAAAGGAUCGAAAUGCAUUAAGCAGUUGUGGCUAUUCCUUGAUUCACUGGAUUUGGAGAUCUUCCUGGGAACUUUGAGCAUCCGGAGCUCUAUGGGACCUAUGAGAGACUCACUACUUGAUGAGUAUAUGUGACUCCAUCCACCAGUGUUUUAUUACAAGCUUUUUAUCUUUAUAUGUUUGUGAGUGCAUUUUGUGCUGAUUAAAUAGCUACCUUGUCCACAGGUGUUUGCACUAUUGCAUUAUUUUUUAGUCCUUCCAACUUUAUUUCAUGAAAGAAGCAUAGGAUCUAAACAUUGUUCCUAAUUGUGGACCAGCCUCUUUGUGAUAUGCUUUCAAAAAACCAACGUUUGUGAGUUUAAAAUUCUGACCAUUAAAGGACAUUUUAGUAUUUUGGUGUUUUUGCACUAUUGCUUUUUCCCUUAUGGUUUUCUGUCCUCUUCAUUCGAUUGCAUGAAAGUUCAUCAUCAACAUCUUUCUACUUUAUUUACCGUGUAAGCGCAAUUAUACAUUUUAUUUACUGUGUAUUCUAUUGUUUUGAAAAAUUGGUGAUUUUUUCUUGAAGUGUAUAUGCUGCUAGUUAACACUGUCCUAAUCUGCGCAGAUAGCACAAAAUUUAUUUUUUAUCCAUUUUCCAGAACUUGGCAAAUUUAAUUAAUUGCUCUGUCCAGUAACAGUGUAGAGUUCUGUAGUUUAUAGAAGAACUAGCUUUAUUAUAAGCAAAGUGACUGUCAAGUCGAUGCUGUUUGAAAAGGGAUUGUUAGCAAAUGCAUUAAAUAGAUCGUAUACAGAGCUACCGAUUUAUACUCCCUAAAUAUUCCCUGUUUAUACCCCUUAGCAGCAUAACGAGAACAUAUGUUUACAUUGACCCAUCUUUGAUACUACCAUGACCGGAAUGACAAUGUUCCUUGUCCAGUCUGGUGUUCUGGAGGGGACAGUGUACAUUAUUCUGUAUAACGUAGUGCUCCCAUAUCGCAGGUUUAACCUAGGUUAUGUAUAUGGGGGAAAUUUGGAAUUAAAGGGACAUGCAUGUGGUUCUUGCCCAUCAUGUGCCACUGCUACUGAUUUGACUUCUCAGCUCUUCAUAAUCAUGGUGGACCCAGGAAGGAAAGGUCAUUUCAUGCUAGUGUGGGAAUUAGCAUUGUGCAGAUGUUAGCUGGCUUCCAGUGGUUGCUUCAGUACACCGCUCCUGUACCUCUGGUUAGCCACUUGUCCAUGCCUUGUACAGUAUCUUCCUGUGUUCUGGUGAUGGACUGUAACAGUUGCAGAUCUCAGGCAGAUGUUAGCUGGCUUCCAGUGGUUGCUUCAGUACACCGCUCCUGUACCUCUGGUUAGCAACUUGUCCAUGCCUUGUACAGUAUCUUCCUGUGUUCUGGUGAUGGACUGUAACAGUUGCAGAUCUCAGGCAGAUGUUAGCUGGCUUCCAGUGGAUGCUUCAGUACACCGCUCCUGUACCUCUGGUUAGCAACUUGUCCAUGCCUUGUACAGUAUCUUCCUGUGUUCUGGUGAUGGACUGUAACAGUUGCAGAUCUCAGACAGAUCGCCUGCGUUUGCAGAAGGAGGUACUACUAUGCAAUAAUGUCCAAUGGUAGAUGCCCCCAUUUUAAAAUGUCUUAUUCUGCAGAUGUUUUAUUAUUACGAGUGUUGUGUACUACAGAAAUACUUUGAGAAGUGCAUGAAAGUUAGCUCAAAUUGCAGUGUUUAAAUAACAUUUGUUCUUGUCCCUACCCCAAGGUCUAAUUAGAGAGCAAUAGAUCAGUGCGUAGGUAACUGUUUUUGGUGUGUCUAGCACAGGAUUGUCUGUUUCCUGUUCUCUUAUAGUAAUUUAGUUCAUUGUUUUUUGUUUUGUUUUUUUCUAUGAUGUCAUUUUGUGUCCCCAGUAACGUUGGAACAUGUACAAAGGCCUCACUCACACUUUGUUGAAUUGUAAGAGGACUAUCGCACAUGAGUAAGAAGGGCUUUGGUGUAGGAAUGCCUGUCAACAGUCUAUGAUUCAAAAUCUGGUCUAUGUCUGAUGCCAAAUGCUUUUGCCAUCGAUGGGGGAGAACCAAAUGGUUUCCCACCAUCGAUUUGUUUUAGAAGCAUAGGAUGUUUUUGUUUUUUCCUAUGAGUGUCGUGACAAAGGGCAUCUGGACACCCGCAAAGCCCCACGCCCAGGCUGUGCUUGGCCCGUAGGCCAAUCAGUGAAAGAACAGGGAUGACAAUUGGUGGGUGAAACCAUCAAUGGUGUUCCAUAGCAUAGUUUGUUACCAUCGAUGGCCAUUUAUAGCUUCCCCAUCAAUGGUAACCACACCGAUGGCCAUCCCUCCUUUUGUGUAAGAACUUGUCUGACAGAGCUAUAUACAGUGGUAUUCUGCUGAAGGUCGUGCACUAGAAGCAGAGAUUAUAUAUAUCAUCCUACCUAGUUACAGCUCUGUAACAUGAGUAAUCUUCACAUUAUAUCAGUAUAAAAGAACUUAUGUGCUAGUAAGCAGACAUAGAAUGCUGUUUUACAUCGCCUGUCCAGGAGCUUCAAGCCUUUCACACAGUGGGCCCUUCUUGUGAUGGUUUAUUUUUGUUUUAUAUGUAUGUAGUAUUUCAGGUUAUGUUCGGAUAGAUACUAGCAUUCAAAUAUUAAUAUAUUAAAUUAUACGGUUACUCUUCUUGCCGCAUAAGCAGUCAUGCUUUAAGUAUAUCUAUCAGUUGUAUGGUUUAUGUGUGUCUUUGGGUUUGGUUUUGUUUGUCCCAGUUUUAGAAUGAUAGAUUGUAUUUAUAUUUGCACCACACCUGAGAUUUACCUUUUUUUUUUUUUUUUUAUUGCUGCCCCUGUAGUAAUCUUUGCUCCGUUAUUGUCAAGGUUUUUUGUUACUUUGUCCUUUGAGCUUUGCUUGCCUUGUAAUGUUUUAAUGCUAUGCGACAACCAGGAUGGGAGUCGGACAAUAAAGACUUAUGAUCAUUACCCUUAAAGCUGGGUAUAUGCAAGAACAGGGAUGGGGAACCUUUGGUCCUCCAGCUGUUGUAGAACUAUACAUACCAGCAUGCCCCAAUACAGUUUUGCUAUUUGACCAUGCUAAAACUGUGCAGGGCAUGAUGGGAUGUGUAGUUCAACAACAGCUGGAGGUCCAAAGGUUCUCCAUCCCUGCGCUAGAACAAUGUGUCCCAGCGACGGUCUGACACAUUGUAACGUUGCAUCUUGCGGCGCACACCCACUAUACAAUAUAUAAUGCAAUGGCCCAAGGUAUUGUUACAUGUGUUACAUACUGCCAUGUAACUGCAUGCCGACUUCUGUGGGAUUGCCAUCGGACAUGCAGCACAUUAGAUGGGACGGCCUGAUCGCAGGUACGCACUAUGAGUUGCGUACAGUAUAUCUUUCCUAUCCGCGUCAGAACGAUCUAUCAUAGGAUACAUUGCUUAGCGUGUACCCAGCCUAAGACUGAAGCUUGCCUCUACAUGGGCAGAUCAUCUCGGAUGUAUGAUCCGUUUGGCCACAUGUGAGUGGAAAAAUUUGACAAAUCUUGCUCAAACAGUGGGUCAUAUUGGGGGUUUUUGGCAUUUGUGGUUGUACAAUGAUAUUGCCGCUAAUAGAGCCAAGACAUUUGUUAAAUGGUAUCGGACCUUUUAGGCGCAAAAAGUAAAGUUUGUAAGCUCAUUUUGUUUAAAACAAAGAAAAUUAGUUGGUAGGCUACGCUACAGGUUAUAAUAGGCACCUUUAUGCUUUCAGACCAAUAGCAAUUGGUACAUUACAUUUACAGUUCUAGAUAUAUUUUUUCUAAAAUGUCUUUAUUUAUAGAAAAGUCACCCUACGUCAGUUGUUAGUCCAAGCCUCUGAUAUUGCACUGAUUUAUAUUUUUCCUCUAAGAUUUCAGUAUUAGACAUCUACAUUUUGUAGGAUUCCAUUGUCUCAGAACGUUAGUCAGUAAUGUAAAAAUGUCAGUUACUAAAGACAGCACAAUAGGUAUUAACAGUCUGUAUUGCAUAGCACAAAGAAUUAGCACAAUGUCCGAACUGUGAGCAGUUUUAUUCCUGAGUUCAUGUCAAUCAAAGGGGCCUAAUUGGCAACAUGCGUGGUGCUGGGCAAUCUAGCACCUUCCGGUUUUAAUCAUUUUGUAUGUUUUCUAUGAAAAUGUUUUAGAUAUUAAACGCUGCAAAUGCAAAGUCAUGUUAAUGUUCUAGUUUUGUUUCUACUUCUGGUUUCCCAUCCUCAGUGCUUCCUAGUCCAUCCUAAUAAUGACGCCUAUCUUUGUACUUUCCUGAAAGACUCAGUAUUUUCUAUGGCUGUAUUGCAAACAUUUAAAAAAAAUUCAAUAAAACUUUUAUAACUAAA